CAACAUAAACAACACAUGCAGCCAUGACCGUGAAACAAACUGGAAUCAAAAAGGCGUCUAUUUAAAUUGAUAUAAGUACUUAAUAAACUAUCGAUAUCUACUUUUUGGUUACUCACAACGUGAUGUAAUGCUGUCAGUCACUUUAAUGUAAAAGAUGUCGCGGCUUCUUCCGUUCAUCAGCUGCGUGUCCAGGCGGGUCAUGUGGACAGGCUGUACCAGUGUCCCCCCACUGCUAAGACCGCUCCCACCUGGACUUUCGUGUGUUUUUGCGGCUGGUAAAAAGGACCUGAUAGAUCUUCCCGUCCUGAAUGAGGACGAGCUUGAGGAGCAGUUUGUGAGAGGAUCUGGACCUGGUGGACAGGCCACCAACAAAACCAGCAACUGUGUGGUGCUCAAGCACAUCCCCACCGGGACAAUCGUGAAGUGCCAUCAAACCAGAUCUGUGGACAUAAAUCGAAAGCGUGCUCGGGACAUCAUGAGAGAGAAACUUGAUGUUGUUUAUAAAGGAGAACUCAGUGAAGUUCUAGUAAAGAAGAAAGAGUCCGAGCAGAGGAAACAGCAGAAGAGGAGGAAGGCCAAUCAGAAUCUGGAGAGGAAAAGAUUGUUUAAAGAAGCGCUUAGUGCAGACUCCAAACCUGGAAAUGACACUGUUUAAAAUGUUUUUGUGGAAUUAAAUAAAUAUAUGAAAAUUUCUUUGCGUAAUGUCUAUGAAGAAUGGAUAACAAAACCUGAAAAGGAGCUGUCAAGAGUUGUAAAUCCAAUAAGCCUUUUUUUUAAAAAAAAAGUUGCAAUACAAAGAACAUCACAUAGCCUAAUACAAGACU